AUGAAAUCCAUUGAAAUCGAACGCCAUCAUUCUUCCGGAAUCUGUAGAGGCUCCAACUUCCCAGGGGUCUUCGUCAAUCGAGGAUUGUUCCGUCUGCACUCUUCACAAUCGGUGAUGUACUUUCUGAUCGAAUGUGUGAUCCGUGCCGGGAUGACCACCGUAAUUAGAAUCGUGUACUUCAGCGAUAACGCGAUGUUUCAGCGCUACCACGUUCGGGACUACGAUCCGAUCUUGUACUGUUUCUCAGAAACACCACAAACGCCUGAUGUCGUACCACGCCGCUCGAUCGCGCGUCGAAUCUCCCGAAUGACUUUGUCUUUUGUAUACCGCUGA